UGUAUAGAUAACUCUUUCAAAUAUGUUAAAAAUAUAAUUCAUUAUAUUUAAACUAGGGAUGGGAACGAAUAUUCAAAUAUUCGAAAAUCGGCCGAAGAUUCGAAUAUGAAAAUCGAAUUUGAAUAUUCGUAAAUUAGUGUAUAGUUUUUUCAAAAUAGUUAUCAUUGACUUUAAGUAAUCUAAGCAUGCUAAUUAUGCAGAAUGAGACCGUUUGUUCUGUUUUGUUUGUUUAUCGCAUGUCAAACAUUGUCCAAUUAACAAGAAAAUUGCAAUGCAUAAUUGGCAGGGGUCAGUGGUACGGAUUAACAGUUUGCAUUAUGCGUAAAUGUGAUGUCUUUUGAUCUUUUGUUCACUUUAAUUGGCGCCCGUUUUAUGUAACAAAUUUUAAAAAUUGUUUGUCUCACAAUGUUCCAGGAGUAACGUCAUGUCUUAUGAAAUCAAACAACCAAUCACGCUUAUAACUCUAAUAAUACAACUCUUUCGUUGUCCAAUCAUUCAGAAUAACUCAAAUGUUUUCUUGUAAUAAAUAUGUUUGAAAACAUGUUUAACAACUUUAUUUUAAGUUUGAUCUUCGCUUAAUAAUACUGACUUACGUUCUAACAAUUAACAUACCUCCUUUGCGUGUUUGGACUUAUUUCACGCGGUCUGCUGAUAGAACACAAGCAACGUGUAAUCUAUGCAAUCAGCAAUUCGUAUUCAAAGGAACAACUUCAAAUUUGUUGAACCAUCUAAAUGGACAGCAUCCAUCUACUCCCAAGAAAGAUGUAACAAAACAGUCCUCAAUGGCGUCGUUCCUCGGUACACCAAAGAAGGUAGACAACGUGCAUGUUACACAGGCUAUUGCAGAUAUGAUCGUGUCUGAUUACGUACUGCUGAGUAUAGUUGAAGGUCAGGGUUUCCAGCGACACAUAUCGUUGCUCCAGAUUACACCGUACCAUGUAGAAAAACAAUUUGAUCAAGGAUCCAGAAAUGCUACGAUGUUGAGAGAGACUAUUUAAAAUCUGAACUUGAGUGUGUGUCAUCCGCAGCUAUUACAACAGACACCUGGACCUCCAACUCUACAGAAAGUUAUACCACUGUGACUGAACACCAUGAUAGUGAGAAAUGGGAACUUAAGUCUAAUGUGCUGAUGACGCGUGCUAUGCCGGAACGCCAUACCGGAGAGAAUCUCGCGAACAGACUGAAGGACUGUGUUUCAGAGUUUAGUUACUUGGAUAGUAAAGUGAAAACUUGUGUUCAUGAUAAUGCGCGAAAUAUGGAUUGUGCUGGGAAAUUAUGUGAGGACUGGGGAGAUCUGGGAUGCUUCGGGCAUACAUUACAGUUGUGCUUAAAACCAGCUAUGGAAUUAACAGCAGUUUCUAAAGUGAUAUCCAGGUGUAGGAAAUUAGUCGGACAUUUCGAGCACUCCGCAACACUUACAGCUGAAAUGCACGAACGACAGAAGGCAAUGGGAGUUCCGUAGCAUACGCUGGUUCAAGACGUCGUAACACGGUGGAAUUCUAUUUACAGAUGAUGACCCGUUUAGUUGAACAGCGACGAGUUGUGUCAGACAUUCUCCUAGAUCCAAAGUUAAGUAAGAAAGAGGACAGUGUUCUAAACUUGAAGGAAUAUGAGUGGGAUCUGAUAGGUGAACUUAGUGACAUUCUUCGCCCAUUAGCGGAUACUACCGAGUACAUGUGUACAGAACGCUGUGUGUCAAACAUGGACAGUAACAUUGCGUCGAGAGUGAAAGAGGUGAUACGUGAAGAUUUGAUACGACGUUACCAGCCUUCAUCAGACACGGCAGCAGAGUCAACGGCAGCACUAGGCGCUCUUCUGGACCCACGGUAUAAGAAGUUGCCAUUCUUCUCCUCCCAGCAACGUAAGAUCACACAUGGUGCUCUUGAAUCUUGUCUUGAAGACCUGCCGCUCAGACUUCCUGCCUGUGACGUAAACAACUGUGAGGAAACACCAUCAAAGCGCCGUAAGUUAGACUUUCUCGAUUUCAGUUCACCUGAACGUACCUCAGAGGAUGAGGUACAGAGUUACCUAAGUGAAAAAAUGGUGUCGGACACUGAUCCUCUUCUUUGGUGGAGAGAUAAUGAGGAGAGAUUUCCCAAAAUUGCAAUCGUUGCAAAAAGAGUUCUCGCAGUUCCAGCAACUUCUGUACCUUCAGAACGGAUAUUCAGCGCAACGGGACUACUCAUUAAUAAGUUGAGAAAUAGACUAUCUAGCGAGAUAGUGGACAGCAUAAUCUUUUUGAGCAAAAAUGAGGUGAACAUUACUGAAGCUGAUUAAUGUAUUAGAGACUGAUGUUCAUUUGAUGCUUUGAUAGAUUAACGAAACUUUAUACAUGUGGAUCAUAUUAUGUAGUUACUAGUUACCAUCGUGAUUGUGAUACUUUUAGUACCUGCAUAAGAUACAAUAGAAUAAAAGUUGCAACGAUGAUUUAUGUAUCAAUGUUAAACAUUAUCAAUGUUUAUUUAUUGAUUUUGAUGCUUUGAUAAAUUGACAAAACUGUAUAUAUGUACAUCUAUACGUAGUUACCAUCGUAUGUUUAUAAUAGAGAUACGUUUUCUACCUGUAUAAGCUACAAUUGGAUAAAAGUUGAUACGAUGAUUAUGUAUGUAAAUAAAAAUAUCAAUGUUUAAUAUUUAUUGAUUUG